UAUUCGCUAAGCGCCAUUUUGUGCAAAAGGUCUAUUUGUCUUCAAGUUUCAUCACAAAAUAGCUAGCUGCACAAACAGAUAAUAUGAGUGUGGUCGGGGGAGAGGCUUUUGAUGUGGAAUGCAUCCUCAACAAACGACCAGAAAAGGAAUUGGUUCUGGCAACAACAGAAUCCAGCAGUUCCGUGGGAAGUGAAGCCACUGUGAGACCAACAGUGACUUUGGAAGAGCUGAAGAGUUCAAUUGCUGAGAUGGGAGAAAAUUUCAGCGAGUCAACAAUAUCCCGGUCACUCCGCAAAGCUGGUCUGUAUUGCACAGUGGAUUUGGUUCCAGUAAAAACCGAAUCAAGAAUUUCCGUGUCAUCCCCUGAUGAUGAUGUUAGCAGUGCUAAAAAGGUGAAGCUAGAUGGGAACACCUGUGCCUCUGAUACUGUUCUGCAGACAAAAGAACAGACUGCAGAGGCCAAGGAGCCAGUGAAGAAAAAACGUGGGAGGAAACCACUGCCUCCAGAGCUGAGAGCGAAGAAGUUCUUAAAAACACCUUCUAAAGCUUUGCCCAGGCAAGCCAAACCAGCCAUCAAAAAGCCUCUUCUUCCAGACAGCUUCAGAGGCAUAACCCGCAGCUCCAGGAACCUCCUUGAUGUGCCGAGUGGACAGUCUAGCAGCAGCAGUGGCCAGGGCCAAGGUGCUCCCCAUGCAUCAGCAGGAUCUCUAAAUGGACGACAGACAUCUAAGAAGAGUAAGGAGCUUCCUGUAAAACUCAGGGAUAAAAUUGUACAAAGACAUAUAUCAGGAGAUGGGUAUAAAAAAAUUUCAAGGUCGCUGAACAUCUCUUCCAGCACAGUUGAAUCGAUCAUUCGGAAGUGGAAGGUGCAUCGUACCACUGAGACACUGCCUAGAUCAGGAUGUCCCUCCAAACUGAGUAACCAGGCAAGGAACAGACUGGUAAGUGAAGCCACUGUGAGACCAACAGUGACUUUGAAAGAGCUAAAGAGUUCAAUUGCUGAGAUGGGAGUAAAUGUCAGCGAGUCAACGAUAUCUCGGUCACUCCACAAAGCUGGCCUGUAUUGGACAGUGGAAUUGGGUCCAGCAACAACAGAAUCAAGCAGUUCCAUAUCAGCCCCUGAUGAUGAUAUCAGUUGCAAAAUGGUGAAGCCAGACGGUAACACUUGUGUCUCUGAUACUCUUCCACAAACAACAGAACAGACUGCAGAGUUGAGGGAGGAGCCAGUGAAGAAAAAACGUGGGAGGAAACCACUGCCUCCAGAGCUGAGAGCGAAAAAGCUCUUAAAAACACCUUCUAAAGCUUUGCCCAGGCAACCCAAACCAGCCAUCAAAAAGCCUCUUCUUCCAGGACGCCUAACCCGGAGCUCCAGAGAACUUCUUGAUGUGCCGAGUGGACAGUCUAGCAGCAGCAGUGGCCAGGGCCAAGGUGCUCCCCAGGCAUCAGCAGGAUCUCCAAAUGGGCAAAAGAAAUCUAAGAAGAGUAAGGAGCUUCCUGUAAAACUCAGGGAUAAAAUUGUACAAAGACAUAUAUCAGGAGAAGGGUAUAAAACUAUUUCAAAGUCACUGAACAUCUCUUCCAGCACAAUUGGAUCGAUCAUUCGGAAGUGGAAGGUGCAUCGUACCACUGAGACACUGCCUAGAUCAGGAUGUCCCUCCAAACUGAAUAACCAGGCAAGGAACAGACUGGUAAGUGAAGCCACUGUGAGACCAACAGUGACUUUGAAAGAGCUAAAGAGUUCAAUUGCUGAGAUGGGAGUAAAUGUCUGUGAGUCAACGAUAUCCCGCUCCCUCCACAAAGCUGGCCUGUAUUGGUCAUUGGAAUUGGGUCCAGCAGCUACAGAAUCCAGCAGUUCUUUAGCAUCCCCUGAUGAUGAUAUCAGUGCCGAAAUGGUGAAGCCAGAUAGUCAAGCAUGUGCAACUCCGCUUGUUCCACAGAACAAUGCCCAGACUCUGGUGGCCAGGGUGGAGGCAGUGAAUAAAAAACGUGGGAGGAAAUCACUACCUCCAGAGCCGAGAGUGGAAAAGCUCUUAAAAACACCUUCUAAAGCUUUGCCCAGACAACCAAAACUUUCCAUCAAAAGAACACUUCUUCCAGACCGUUUCACAGGCAUCACUCGGAGCUCCAGAGACCCUCUUGAUGUGCUCAGUGGACAGUCUAGCAGCAGUGGCCAGGACCAAGGUGCUCCCCAGGUACCCACAGGAUCUCCAAAUGGCCGACAGACAGCGAAGAAGAGUAAGGAGCUCCCUGUAGAACUCAGGGAUAAAAUUAUAGAAAGACAUAAGUCAGGAGAAGGGUAUAGAAAAAUUUCAACGUCACUGAACAUCUCUUCCAGCACAGUUGCAUCGAUCAUUCUGAAGUGGAAGGUGCAUCAUACGACUGCAACACUGCCUAGAUCAGGACGUCCCUCCAAACUGAGUAACCAGGCAAGGAACAGACUGGUAAGUGAAGCCACUGUGAGACCAACAGUGACUUUGAAAGAGCUAAAGAGUUCAAUUGCUGAGAUGGGAGAAAAUGUCAGUGAGUCAACAAUAUCCCGGUUACUCCACAAUGCUGGCUUGUAUUGCAAAGUGGCAAAAAGGAAAGGAAGUGGUCUCAUGCAAAACCAGCAGGGCAUGUCAUCCAAUCAACAUGAUCCAUACAGUGAUGUAUCGUGGUGGGAGAAUUAUGUUCAGGACAUUCUACUUAGCCACAGGAACAAGGAAGCUUCUCCGGAAUGAGGUGAAAAUAGAUGGGGCAAAUUACAAAUUGUGGGGGUAUUGGUUACAUGAGAAUGAGAAUGAGCAUGACUUUAAAUAAUCAUAAUGAAGGUCGCGUCAAUGAUGCUUUAUGCUCUGGAUUAAACUGAAAAAAUGCAUGCAAUGUUGUCAGCCAUUGUGUAAGAAAAAGAUUUCUUUAAACAAGCGAAUUGACGUAAAAAGUAUUUCGUCACCACAGCAGUUUUAUGAUUGUGUAUGAAGCCUGGUCAUAACUGCUGGGCAUUGUCUAGGUCUGUUUGGGGUAAAAUCAUAAAUGUAUUUGAAUAUUAGCAGCUCUUGUUCAAACAUAUGAGCAGAACUGUCGGAACAAAAACUAAAUGGUAUCUGCCCUGAAAAUACAUAUAAAUUCACAAAAAAACAUCUUCAUUUUAACAGGAACCGUCUAAUUGAAUAGAAACGUUUAUUCUUAUUGGGGCAGGACUGUGAUUAUUGUGUCUAAACCAGACAUUACACCAUUACCCUGAUCAAUUUUUCAGUCUAGUCUGUCUAACUUGUUUUUCAUCUGUAUAAUUGACCAUUUUAUUUAAUUAUAGGUCACGGAAGUACAUUUACUCUGUAUUCACAAGUAAAAGGAAAAUACUGCAUUUUUACCUGAUCUGUCAUUUAAAUAUGGUCACUAAAGAAUCACACCUUUCAUUAUAAUGUUUGUGAUUAACUGUAUUCUCCCUGUGUAAGUUAAACUAGAUCCAUUUGAACAUUUACAGCUAUGAAUCGUUUGGCAAUGCCAAUAACAAUACAAUUCUUAAACAAUAAAAAUACAUUUUGUCCUGUCA